GUUUAUAAUGCUCAUUCAGCCUUUAAGCUCCGCUGUCCUCCUUGGCGACAGCCAUGUUUACCAUAGCAACCAUGAAGGACCCGGAGAAAGGCAGCUUUACUGAAGUAGAUAUGAAACUAACGCGUGAACAGCUGGAAGACUUGAGGCGUUUCAAUGCAGCCUUACAGGCUGAGAAUGAGAUGUUUGAGCACCAAGCCCUGGUUUCUCAGGCUGUGCCAGAACAUUUGGGUUCUGUUGCAUCAAUGGCACAUGGGCAUCCCGGGCGCAGGAGGCAAUCUAAAGUUCUGAGGCCAUCUCAGAAGGAAUCAUCACAGCUGCUGGGGCUGGAGCAGAAGGUUUUCAUUGCUCAGAGGGAGAUGGAGGAGCUGAGGAAUGACCUGGAGAAGCUAAGACAAAGUUCAGACAAGGAGACUCCCGCAAAGAGGCUGUGUCAGAAAAACACGGCUCGUCACACACAGAAGCGUAAGCUAAAACUAAAAAUGAGGCAGAAAGAGGAGGUGGAAAAAACUUUUCACAAGGUGGAUCUCCAGAAGCUGAAGAUCGAGAAGAGACAGUAUAUUGAGCAAAUUGACAAACUUAGCCAGGACCUGCAGCAACUCAGUGUGCAAGGUGGAAACAUGCUGAAGGUCUUCAAUCAAAACAGGACAAAGCUUCAGAGCUUGACUCUUGAGUCAGAGUCGCUGAGCAGUGACAUAGCCUCGCGUGAAGGCAUGCUCAUGAAGCUUGAGGAACAAACUCAGCAGGUGGAGAAGGAGCAUGCUAAAGCCGAGUCUAAGAACAAGAAACUGAGAACACGGCUGUCCGAUUUCCACGUGCCAGAUGUGCUCAGCUACGUUGAGGUCAAUGCUUUACACACCAAGCUGGAACAGGACAACAGGUUUUGCGAACGCAAGGUGGCAAUCGCAGAGAUGGGAUUGAAGACUCUCACCAAAGCAUGGAACAAGCAUCGAGCUACAGCUGAGGCGGCACUGCCACCCAUAUAAACAUCUACCGUAAUGAAGCUUCUGUUACCUGCUCAAUUGCAAUGCUAAAGAAGCCUUCAUGUGAUUGGUUCUAUUGUAGAAUAGCCGAAACACAGGGUUCACCUGUUCGGUGUGUUCAGAUUCUGAUUAUAAGUAUUUAAAUCAUUAUGCCACAAAAUGUGUUUUGUCACUUACGUAUUGCAUUAUUACUUCACCUCUUCCUGCAUAUUAGCUAAUAAACUCUUAGCGGUCUUG